UAUCUCCACCGCUGUGAGUCCUCUAAGAGCCCGGCCCACAUUUUAUAUCAGCGAGCGCUGUGUCAGCCGCCCCGGCCCGACCCUUUAUAUUCACUUCAGGAAACGACUUUGCUCCACAAAAAAGCCUUUCGCUGUUGUCCUCCUGUACCUUCUCAGAACCACGCCAGCCGAGGUCAAGGGCCCGACUGCUGCCUCCUAAGACUCGACAUUACUGCGAAACCGGUCCCCGCGCACAAACACACACACACACGCCGCGUACACGAAGGAGGCCAGAGGAGAACAUUCCACAACGGCAAAGACCCGGGGUAGCACGAACAUCCUGAGGAAAUCCUGUCGAAUUAGGGCCAAGCCUGCUUGGGGUGAUAACCGCGUGGUCAUUGGCUCACCGCUGAGUUAGUGAGGUAGAGCACCGCCACCUUAGUGUCCGCUUCCACUCCCACACUGCCCAUCAGCCGGCCCGGCCGCAAACCCUGCCGUUAACCUCCAGGACUGCAAGCAGCGCCGGGAGCCUCGGUGUUCCUCAGACAGGAUGGGCCUCCCACUGCUGCUGCUGCUGCUCACCUCCACGCUCCUGUCCACCUGCUUCCCUCCAGGGAGCAUGGUGAACGCAUUGUACUCGUUCAGAGGCGCCGACCUGUCAAUCGAGCCGGGUGACCAUGUGAAUCGGGAUACUGAUGUGACUCUGAGAUGCAAGGCCAUCAUCACCAUCUCAGAUAAUGAGGAGGUUACUUAUUUCUACACCGUAAUAAAGGAUUCCAUCGAUUUGUACACCAAGACCACAACUAUAGAUGAGUUUGAGUACACACUGCCCAAGGUUAGAGUCUCCAACACCGGCAAAUACGAGUGCAAGAUAAGCAUCAACGGCACAGAGGAGACCAGUAAACUUACAAAACUCACAGUGACAGGACUCUCAAGGCCAGAGCUACGCAUCGAUAAGACUGAAGUCACUGAAGGAGAAGAGGUGACGGUCAGUUGUCGUGCACCGGGUGAGACAGGCUCCAUUUACUUCACCUUCUAUGACAACUCCAACGAGAUCAUUGAGAAGAGGGCAACCUCCAACGAGCUACAGACCAAGCUCCGGCUCAGUGGUAGCAGCAACCACAGUAUUUACUGUACCUACACUGUCUCCAUAAGUCCAACCUCCGUCAAUUCAGAGAAGAGCGAAAUGGUCAAAGUUACAGUUAAAGAGCUUCCCAUCAAACCAGUGCUGACGAUUUCCCCUCGGGACAACGUCUUUGAAGGAGACACACUCAGCAUUUUGUGCACAGUCGACAAUCAGCACAGCACUGAAAGACUGCAAGUAGAGCUGAGCCAGGGUGCCAGACUUCUUGCCCGUGAAUACGCCACAAUCCAACACAGCUUGAAAGCAACGGCCCCUGCUCUCAUGUUUGAGUGCGGACUGAAUGCAGGAAGCGUAAAUAAAUUCAUGACAGGCUCGGUCAGCGUGAAUGAGCUGUUCUUGGCGCCCACUCUCACUGUGUCUCCACGUGAAGUCUUUCAACAUGACAAUAUGAUGCUAACCUGCAGCAGUGAGAAGCAGGCCUAUCAAAGACUCCGUAACACAGAGCUGAUUUACACUCUGAAUUCAAGCGAUAAUGCACUGACAAUGACGGGGACUGGAGUGUUUAACCUAACAGCCCCCAUGUAUGAUUUCAACUACACCUGUGCAGCUACAGCCAAGGGCAUAACGAAGCACAGUGAAAUCCUGACUGUUCGUCCCAAAGUUGCUGUCUCCCGUCCGUUCAUCAAAGUCCAUGGCAAUGCGGUUCUGGGACAGCUCAUCCAGAUUCACUGCUGGUCAGAUCACGGCACCUUGCCCAUAAACUACACUUUAUUAAUUGAUGAACGGAAGCUGGUCACAAUCACCAUCCGGCUGCCCAAUCAAAAGGCUGUCUUCAAUAUCAGCAUUAACAAGACAGAGGACAUAAACAAGUACAGCUGUGCGGCAAAGAAUGGUAUGAAGGAGACUCUGACCAGCUCAAGACUGAAUGCAGCAGUCAUAGUGCCCCUGAGCCAUCCCAGUACGUUGGUCGUCCCAGAAUCAGGUGAAAUCUAUGAGGGGCAUUUGCUCACCCUCUUUUGUAAAGUUAAUGGCACAGCUCCAAUCACCUUUAUGUGGUACCGGACUGGGGACAGACAGCCGCUCAAUACCACCAACUCCAACCAGACCUUCACAACCUACGAGGUACCUAAGGUGACAAGUCAACACAGCGGCAAGUACUACUGCGAGGCUGUCAACCAGGCCCGCAACAUUGUCCGCAGUGAAGAGGUCACCAUAGAAGUACACAUGGCGAAGUGGAAGAAAGCAUUGAUCGUGGGAACUGUUCUGUUGUUGGUGUCAGGGGUGGUGUUGGCGAUUGUGGUGUACAUCAAAUCCAGGAGAGGUAGAAGAGGCGAAGCAACUGAUUUAUCAGUAAAGCCUGCGAGCCCUAAAUCAGAUGACACUUUCAGAGUGACUCUAACCCACGACACAGAGGUUUAUAACGCGCCCACAGUGAUGGCGGUCAGAGCUGAAGAAAGCGUGUGGAGCCACAGAAGCCCUGAAGCAGAUGCGGUUGUCGAUGAGGAGAGCAGCAUGGUGACCAACAAUCCUGAUGUGGAGUACACGGAAGUGGUGCAUCCCCAACCUGUGGAUCCAGCCAGAGUCCCAUUGAGAAAAGGCACUGAUACCGUGUACAGCGAACUCCAGAACUCUCCACACGGUGCCGCCGACCAUCAUGACUAUGGCUCAGUGGAGUACGCCGAACUCAACAACAGCGAUCAACCUGAGAUGUAUCAGUUCCAUCCAGAGGUCGACAGCUACCAGGACCUGCCGGAGCCGGUGGAUUAAGGGAUCAGCGCCGUCCCUUCUCUAUUCGCACACAUUUGCUGCGUUUCCCUUUUCUACUCGCGUUUCUAGUCCACACUUUGUCGUUUCUACCUGUUUCCUAAUCGGGCCUUGUCCCACACAAUUGUUCUGUUUGGAGAUGAUUGUAGCGCCGUCAGUUAAUUAAACAGAGUCGACACGUGGAGUUAAAAUUAGGUUUAAAAAGUGACAAAAAAAUAACAAAUUCUAGGUUUAGUUUCAUAAUUUCUCAAGACAUGCUCUGUAUUAUAUAUAUAUAUUAAUUCCAAAUGUCGAUUCUCUGCCAGUGAGUAAGCCGACAUGUCUUGUCACGUUUCCAGGAAUGACCUAUAUUAAAAAGUCAAUAUAUAUAAUUGUAAUAAGUGUUGUUUGUGUCGGCAGCUCUCUGAAAAAAUAAAAAUAAAUGGAAAAAAUGCACAAAAAUGCACAAAAAAGUCUAAAUAAAUAUGGUUCAGAAUAGUUAUUUUUUAGGUAUGCUCUGUGAUUAAAAUAAAUUUAACCUAAAUGCA